AUGCCGCCUAUGAUGUUGUUGUUUUCGGUCCCACGGUUUCCUAGAGGCUUCUCUAUCGCUGCAUUUGCCGUACUCCUCCUACUCGCCAGCCAAGCUCAGUCGAAGCUCUUCUCCGGGGAUCUGAGAUGGACGAGAAGUCGAGAUUCACAGCUUGAGCAAAAAGACUUGGACAUUGGUCUCACCCACCUGUUGACUCUCCGGGACGUUGACGAAGAUCCAGUCCUUGUGAAGGCAAUGCAGGUCAUAGACACAGUUACUGCCAGAUCAACAUGCCAUCAAGCUGCCGCUGCUCAGCUACUCGGUACCUGUAAAGCCGCGGGGAAAGACGUUGCCGCCGAAGAAGGUAAACAUGAGCUAUUGGAGCGAGCCAAAUCAGUCUAUGCUGUCAGGUUGUCGGUUUGCGAGACUGGGGAGGGAAGAGCUGCAAUCCCGACCGCGUGCAAGCCCAUCCUGGCGGCCCCCCGACAGCUGAGCAGCGAGUUCGAGGUAGUCAACAGUGUCUAUCUUCCACAGUGUCUGGAGGCUCUGAUGGUGGAACACUACUAUUGGACGAGCUACAGCAACAGCCGACAAGAUGCAAACACUUUAUGCCAAGCUGUGACGUUAGAGGCCAGCAGACUAGAAGCACUUCAGUCUUACCAACGCCUCGCGGAACUCCUACCCACCUUUCGGAGUGACCUUCUGUCAACGCGCUCCCAGUGGUUGGCAUUUGUCAAGCAACAAGAACAAAGCACUCAAGAGCUAGGAAAGCUCCAACGGAAGAACCAGGAAGAGUCUGAGUCACAACACAAGCUUGAAAUGGAACUGCUCCACUCUGCGAUGAAUGUGGCAAAGGAAGGACUAGAUGAUGCUUCUCGACUUAUGCAGCAGUCCAUGGCCAGUGCUGGCUCUGGCAUCGAACAGAGUCGCGAAGUGAGUUUUGGCAAAGCCAUGGCUAAGGCCGUCAGCUAA